CCAUCACCAAGGGUUCAUCUAUCCAGGCUGAUUCUUCUGCCCGUCUGCCUACUCCAGCCAGCGAGGCCUUGCACUAGCGACACAGCCAAGUUCACUCAAAAGCAAUAAGCCACAGCAUAAGCCACGCAACAUGCCACAACACUCACAUUUCCGAAAAGAAUAACAGACUCAAUUUGUAGCUACCUAAUGUGUGUAAAGACUGACUGAAUGAAUGGGUGGGUGGGUGGGUAAAUGCAUCAGUGACUGAUGAAUGAGCGAGUGGCGGAUAUCGCUAGCCGUAUAUCCCAGCGUACCAGUGCACCUCUCUGGCCAAGUGCCAAGCCGUCGAGAUAAUCACUUGUAUCAGAUCGUUUUCAAAGAGCACCACCAACGAUCUGGUGCACCAGUGUGCAGCCCACUCACUGGCAGCUCUCGCCGUGACCAGCGUCACACGCCGAAAGGCUGCCGCCAUUCUCCAUCCUCGAAGUCGACCCAGGUGGUCCCCCCACAAAGAGCUGCCUUGACCUUGAUUGUUCGGCUAGCCAUUCUUGCGGCUCUCGUCCUCGUUUCUUCGCUCGCGACCAACAGAUCAAUCUCAACUGGUUCUCCCAUAGCCCGAGAGAAGGGCUGGGUAGUUCUCCCACGAUCUGGCCCGAGGCGUCGAAUAUUUGCCAAAGUUUCGAAGACGAUAACACCUCCAUUCCUUCCUCUCGACUUCGUCUCCCCAUUAACCUCCCCAGAAGCUGGCCCCGUUGUACGAGAGCAGCUUCAAACUCGAAAUAAAAAAAAGACAGGGUUCGGUCGAGCAAAGAACUUUAAGAACGGAAGGAAAAUAAAAAGACGAAAGAAAUGCCUGUUCAUGGGGAACGCAGCUGUACCGCAACGACGGAAUACCGGGCCUGGACGAAAAUCGUUCCAAGUGAUUGUGGCCCGUAUUCGUCAUCCUGGGAGACUUUGGAUGCACGUGGCCUUUGGUUCUGGCAUUCGGAGGCGUGAGGCCGCCUCGGACAAGGAACCGCGAAACCCACAGGUCUGGUACACCAAGGACGAGAAGGAGUACCGGACAUGCCGUUCAGGUAAAGCUCUUGAUAGUGAGAAAACUUGUACCAGAAAGGCCCUAGAAGGACCUCCCCAGUAACAAGCAACUCUCUCACCAUCCAGAGUUACCCGAGCCAUGCGUUAAGUCGUGAACCCCCAAAAAUACGUCGAAGAACGAGAUAGAGCAAAUUGCGAAGGAAAGAGGCAUAUCCGAACAGCGCCCCAACAAAUCGACAGCGAUC